AGUUGGUUGGUACUGAGAGAAGUGCGGCGGCACGAAUAUCGUCCGUCUGUUAUUUUUAAAGGGUAUAACGCUCCCAAAAGUUGACAUCUGCAAGCAUGCAGUCGGAAUCGGGUAUAGUUCCCGACUUCGAGGUUGGGGAGGAUUUUCAAGAGGAGCCAAAAACGUACUACGAACUGAAGAGUCAGCCCUUGAAAAACAGCAGCCCGUCGGACCAGCACAGCUCCUCCAAGCCCCCGCUGAGCUCCUCGGCCAUGACAUCACGCAUCCUGCUGCGGCAGCAGCUGAUGCGGGAGCAGCUUCAGGAGCAGGAGAGGCGGGAGCAGCAGAGGCAGCAGGCCUCUCAGUACCCACAAACCACCGCUGCACAGACCCCGGCCAUCAACGUCAACGCGCCAGUCACUUUGCCACCUGCUGCACAGGUGCCGAUGGAGGUGCUUAAGGUCCAGACUCAUCUGGAGAACCCCACGAAAUACCACAUCCAGCGCUCCCAGCAGCAGCAGGUGAAGCGGUACCUGGGAAAGCUCGGGUCUCAGGCGUUGAGCCUGCCCUGCCCCAACAACCAGUCCUCUGACCACGGGGGCAUGCCGCCAGGGCCGGGCAACAGCGCCCCCAACAGCCCUAUGGCCUUACUGACCCUCAACUCUAACUGCGAGAAAGAGAUGGAUGAUGUCAUCGACGACAUUAUUAGUCUGGAGUCCAGUUACAGUGACGACAUCCUCGGCCUGAUGGAUCCCGGACUUCAGAUGGCGAACACGAUCCCCGUGCCCGCUAACCUCAUGGACAUGUACGGUAAUCAGGGGAUGUCCCAGCAAGGUCUGCCCAUCAGCAACUCCUGCCCCGCCAACCUGCCCAACAUCAAAAGGGAAUACUCCGUCUCACAAUCCCCGGCCAUCAUGCAUAUGCUGGAUAAGUCUGGAUCCUGUGGCAAAUUUGACAACUAUCAAAGGCCUGAAGGGUUCCCUGUGGAAGCUGAAGUAAGAGCCCUGGCUAAAGAGAGGCAGAAAAAAGACAACCAUAACUUGAUUGAGAGAAGAAGACGGUUUAACAUCAAUGAUCGAAUUAAGGAGCUUGGCACUUUAAUUCCAAAAUCCAACGACCCAGACAUGCGCUGGAACAAAGGCACCAUCCUGAAGGCGUCGGUGGACUACAUCCGGAAGCUGCAGCGGGAGCAGCAGAGGGCCAAAGAGCUGGAGAGCCGGCAGAAGAAGCUGGAGCACGCCAACAGACACCUGAUGCUCAGAAUACAGGAGCUGGAGAUGCAGGCCCGGGCUCACGGCCUGGCCAUCGCCUCGUCGGCGCUCUGCUCGGCCGAGCUCGCCGCGCGGGCCAUCAAGCAGGAGCCGGCCCUGGAGGACUGUCACCAGGACCUGUACACGCUCCACCCGCACCACCAACACCACCCGGCCUGCCCCGCCGAGCCACCCGGCGCGCUGGAGCUCAGCGACGGCCACCCCAACUACCCCGAGGGCCACUACGGCGUCCACGGCAAGCCGGGCUCCAAACUCAACGACAUCCUCAUGGAAGACACCCUGUCGCCGGUGAGGGGGGGCGACCCCCUGCUCUCGUCCGUCUCCCCGGACGCCUCCAAGGACAGCAGCCGCAAGAGCAGCGUCAGCAUGGAUGAGAACGAGCAGGGUUGUUAGCACCCCCUACUGGAGGACGCCUUACCUGCAUCUUCAUCCCUGAGCUGCUGGAGAGGCUUUUUUUUUUAUUUUAUUUUAUUGUUGUUGUUGUUUUUAUUUCCUCCUUCACCCCUCCACCUGCGUUUACAUGUAUUGAAUCUUUUAUAUCCAUGUGUUUAUUUCUUAUGUUUAUGUCUUUUCAGGCUCUCAACCUUGAUUUCAAGGACUGAUUUUAAAGUGUUUGCUUUAAUCAAUACUCCAAUGACAAUGAGCUGCAAAAAUAGAUGUUUUUUUUUUUCUAUUUAAAAAAAAAAAGAUGCAUUUAUCUUUGGAUAGAGGCUAGAUUACGUUAUUUUCUAUUGAUUCCAAAGAAUCUAGGGAAAUUAUAAAUCAUGGUCAGAAGUGUAGAUAUUUUGUGGUGAGAUGAACACUGCUUUUUAAAUCACUAGCAAUAAUAGAAGACGAAGGAAACUCUAUUUAUUACGAUAGUGCUUUACACUCUUUGUGUCUUAGAUUGAACUUGAAUGUGCCGAUGCCUUAUGAAGAUGUGUCCACAUCGUGGUUGUAUUGCUAUGCACGUGUUUUUUUGUUUUUUUUUUUUUGGCUGUUAGCUGAGUCCGCGUCAGUCUUCCAGUUGAAAUUUCUCGCUUGACAAACACGAAUCAUUUGUAGAUUUGAUCUUAUUUAUGUAUCUAUGUAAACACAACUUUUGAGUACACAUUCCCCUCCAAAUUAAUUUAUACCAAGCUGUUCAAAGUAGCCCCGAAAUGGUAAGAAAAAAAAAAGCACAUUUAAUAAUCUCAAAGAUUAUGUGUCUCCUUCAAGAUAAUUAAAAUGAAAAAAAGUCAUCAUUAUGAUUUUACAAAAAGAAAAAAAAAAAGUCUGUUUGGGUUGUUAAAACAAACAUCCUGCAGUGUGUAAGAGAUUUAUUACCAAAACAUUCCUCACUGCCAAAAACCAGUCAAUAACUUAAGCAGAAAAUCAAUGCAACUUAUCUCAAUAUUUAUUUUUUAAAAGUUUCUUUUCAUAAAUAAAAAAGUGUGAAGUAUAUAAAUAUAUAAACCGAUAAACAUUAGUUAUUUCUUUGAUUUAAGAAACUCGAAUGAGUUCAUUUAUAUUUACUGAAAGUAGAAACACAGAACUGGUGAAAAUGCAGUUUUUAGCACAAACAGUAUUCUGGUGAAUGUCUCCAGUUUUUUUGACUGUCCAUCAAUUUUCUAAAUUAUUCUUUUUUUUUUAUAAAUACAUCAUAUAUCUAUAUAUAUGUAGAAAGGAAAAAAAAACACUUCAGUGACAUUUCACAUUCAGGAUGUUGCUUUUUUUUUUCUCAUUAUGUGGACGUUUGUAUUGCCAAGGAGAAUAAGGAGACUGCUUUGGGAUUUUGUAUGAACUGCAUGACAUUGUCAAAACACUGGAAUGACCUCUGUAAAUUGAAAUGUGUUUAUUUUGCCUUUUUUUUUUUUUAAAUCUAAACAUAAACUAACUAUUGUAUGUGGCCUGUCAGCUGUAUACAGGGUAGUAUGUGAGACUGUAGAUGGCGUGUGCUCGUUGUACAUUUCUGCGGUUUGCGGCGCGUCACGUUGAGUUCAGUGACUCCCCGCUCUGGUUACCGCCGCCGCUCGGCCGAACUAUGCAAGUGGUUGAAGUUGUGCCUGUAGAGCAGCGUCGCGAUCGGUUCGAGACGGCGCCGGAGUAGCCAUCUUUUUCAUUCAAAGUGCCUUACAGUGGUUUGUGUUGACCUGGUGACGUGCGAGGACGUUGAUGCGUGUUUGGUGCUUCGUAGGUCAGCUGUGGUGUGGAGGUUUCUCAGAGACGCAGUGGGGCAGCGUGGGAAGCCCGGAGUGUUCAGUAAUAAAUGAGGCAUUAUGAAAAGAAAGCUAACGUGAACAGUCCUCUCAAAGGCAACAUCUCUGUGAAAUAAAAGUUUGGAAUUAAUAUAAAGUAUUUCCGGCUGCUCCCUUUUUCACCAAAGAUCAUCCCACUUUUUGGUUCAGGCUGAAGAAAAUCUGGCUGAGAUAAAGUUUUACACAUUUAUUAAGCCCAGAGGAUAGAUCCUAGUAAUAAAAGUUUGCAGUGUGCAGACGUGACGAGAAUACAGCAUAUUGCCACGGGUCGGACGUUAAUGGAUUUCUUUGAGCCAUUCCUUGAAUCUUUCUCAGGCCCCGUCAUCAGAACCAAGUUCCUCUGUGUCCGAUAAGAACUGAUUUUAUCUUCCCAAACACAACGCCAGUGAUGUUUUAUCAACCCUGAGUUAUCUUGUGAUAAUCACCACAUGUUUGGAUGGUUUUGUACACAGUUUUUUUUUUUUGGUAGAUAACAAAAUCUAAUUCAGUAUUUUAAAAUGAUUCAUUUAGCAUUGAACACUCUGGAGCUCCACGCGGUGCACCUCUGCAUUUCUUUUGUCUUUAAUGAUCUGAAAACAAGUGUUUCCAAAGUUGCGCCGAGUAUUUAGAAACCUUCUCAGACUAGUAUGAAUGUAGUUCACAACUUUAAACUGCCAAAAUGUAUGCCAAAAUUUAAAAAAGACAAAAAAAGAAG